GGGCACCCUAAGACAAUUGGUGACUUCACCUACAAGGAUUCGGACAUCGGCGAGAUCGUAUUUCAAUGCAUGGAAAACCAGAGUAUCAUCGGCAUGUCUGGAAGAAUAUCAUUUGCCAAAGGUGGUGCGGACCCAGACAAAAACAUAUUGCUGCAACGCAUACAAGGUGGAAAAAGAAUAAAUAUUGGGUAUUAUCGACAAGAUACUGAUCCGAAGGGAUUCGAAUGGAUACCCGGUGCCUUGCAAUGGAAAGACAACAAGGUCCCUCGAGAUUCAACGUUCGUAACUCGCAAGGAGAUAGUCAUCCCACCCUCCCUGUACAUCACACUAAGUGUGUUGUCAAGUCUUGGGAUCCUAAUUGCCAUUCUGUUUCUGUCUUUCAACAUCUGCUACAGGACAAACAGAUUUGUGAAGCUUUCUUCACCAAACAUCAACAACGUGCUCUUACUUGGGUGCGUUUUGUGUUACGUCACAGUUUUCAUCAGACCAACAGAAAAUAUUACCAUAGCCACAUGCCAGGCAAGAGUUGUUUGCUUUUGCCUUGGAUUCACCAUAACGUUCGGUGCGCUUUUCACCAAAACGUGGCGUGUCUACCGCAUUUUCACAAACAAAAAACUCUUGAAAAGGACCAUCAAGGACAUUCAACUCCUUGCUAUCAUUGCUGUACUCGUGCUGUUGUUGACAGCGAUUCUAAUUGUGUGGCAGAUCUUUAGUCCAUUUGAGGUGAAGCCAUAUGAACUGGAAAAUCAGAAAGACGUAGUCGGCAAUGACGAGGAAGUGCGUUUCUUCGUGCACACGUGCAUCUCAAAACAAUCUACGUACUUUGAAUGGACCAUCUUCAUCAUUGAAGGAAUGAUGCUGACGUUUGGUGCUUUUCUUGCAUGGGAAACACGUCAUGUAACAAUAGCAGCUCUGAACGACUCCCACCAAAUUAGCCUUUGCCUUUACAACGUUGUCAUCCUAAGCGCCGUCGGGCUAACGCUUUCAUUGGUCCUUGAAAACCAGGUGGUUCUGCUCUAUGGAAUAACAUCCGGGUUUCUGGUUUUCGGCACGACACUUACACAGCUGUUUGUGUUCAUUCCUAAGGUCCAUGCGGUGUUCGCGAAGGUGGAUUGUACCAUCAACGGAGUGACUGGAACUGCAAAGGCAGAUCAAGGUCGAUCAGGAGGAAAUGCGUCAACAUCCGCUUCUUCAAAAAGAGCGCCUGAAAAUUAAAGACGAAAGCUCAAAUGAUAGUUGAUUACCGGUCAAUAAAUCCGUGCUUCGUGUUAGUAUGUGCUUCGCAUGACACCGUGCGUCAUUUGCAGUUGUGAAGUAGAGCCUAAUGAGUGUAGUCUCGACACUGUUGAGUUUGAGUUGUUUAUUGGAAAAGUGAACGACGAUACGCUUGCGGUUGUAUAUAACAUUAAAUCAUCAUACUAAAAGGAAAACAAAGAAAAUCCUUUCGGUUUGAAUAGUACCUGCGCUUUUUAACGAGUUCGAAUUCACUAAUUAGAUCAAUUUAUAAAUCAAAUAUGAUGAUGCACGUUUGAUUAAUGGUAGAUGCAUUUAUUCAGAAAUGCAGUUGAUCGGUUAUUUGUAUAAAAUUAUUAACAAAACGUAAAUAUUUGUCAUCUGUACUUUGCUGAUUCUUAAUUGACUUUAAGGGCCUUUUCACGUUUUGGUAAAUUGACAAAAUUAACACAAAUUGUUUCAGAUUCACAAAUUCUCGUUUUAGUUAUGAUAUGUGUGAGGAAACAGUAAUACUGAAGAUAUACCAUGCUCUACAAUAGCCAUUACAUGCAGCUUUUGACGAUUUAAAAACCUGAAAAUCAUAAAGCGUUGCAUCGCAAAACGAUUGAAAAAUUGGGAGAGUUCUGUUGUUGUCUUUAUAUUUUGUGAAACUACGAGGAUUGCUUAUAUAUAGUAUAAAAUACAUUCUUUAUUGUAUGAACACAGAUGGCCGAGUGGUCUUAGUUGUAGGCUUUUACUCAAGGACUCCAGGGGUCUGUGGUUCGAGCCCUGUUGAGGGUUCCUUUUUUAACUUUAUUCUUGAUUUUUAACUGGAGCUUUUUAGAUCAAAUGUGUACAUUAAUCAUUAUAAAGCAUUUAAUGACACACUUCAAAACAUGCCAAAAUUUAUAAAAAGGCGCCAUUAAUGUGUUCUUCAUACCAGCAUAAGCUUUAUUAUAAUGCAUGCACUUGUUAAUUUUAAAUAGUCUACAAAUAUUUAAUCGUUCUACACUGAGUGGACAAAUAUGAUGUAUAUAUACUCGUUGUUUGAAAUGUAUACUCGUUGUUUGAAAGAUUGUAUUGUCAUUGC